CUCCUGGUUCGGGCGUGGUGCGUAUAACUCGGCGUAGCUGUCGUUACACUUGCCAUUGGAAUUGCACAAUCAGAGCAUUACCUGUCGCGCACCAGCAAGACAAUAAAUUUUUGAACCAAUUGGCUUGACAACAGCUCUCAGAGCCUGUGUCAGCCUGCACCUUUGAGACCAGCUGAGUGACGCCUCUUGCCCGCUCUACUCGUGAUGAUGCCUCUCAGCGUAGUUGCCGCCCUGCUGGGCGCGUCCUGCAGCGCAUUUGCACCGAAACCGCUGCGCGGCACGCCACGCCGCAACGCGAAACGCCAGUCGUUGCAAAUGAAUGUCAUCACCGACCGGCCCGCAAGAGCCGCCCUCGCCGCCGCCUACGUCGGCUUCGCGGGCGCCAUCGCGACGUUUCCCGGCGAGUUCAACAACCCGGCCGACAUCCAGCUCAUCCAGGAUGCAUUGAACGACCCGACGUCCAUGAAUCCCGUGUUCUUCUUCGUUUUUAAUUCCCUAGGACUGAUCCCGGCGGUGAACGCGGCCGUGCUGCUGCCCGGCGCGAAGGACCAGCGGCCCCUCCCCGCGGCGCCGUUCGUCGCCUCCAGUUUCUUCGCUGGCUACGGUGGCGUCGGGCCGUAUAUGAUUCUGCGCGAGCCGCGCUUCGGACCUAUCAAACGAUCGGAGCUGGGCUUCUUCCCCCGCGUCGUGACCGAGUCGAAGCUGUUCGGCGCGGGUUUGGUUGCGGGCGCCGUCGGCCUCUACGGCGGGCUGCUCACGCAGCUCUCGGGCGGUGCACUUUCAGAUUAUAUCGAUCUGGCGGCGUCGUCGAAGCUCGUGUCCGUGAGCAGCGUCGACUUCCUCAUCCUGUCGCUCUUCGCCUUCGAGCCGAUCAAGGAGGACAUGAGCCGGAGGGGCUGGUGGGGCUGCUAUGGCGAGAACAAUGUGGGGCGCCUCGCGGCCUUCUGCUUCCCGGUGCUCGGGCCCGCGGCUUACGUGUUGUUGAGACCAGCGCUCAAAGACUAAGCACAAC